AUGGAAUAAAGAGUCAAGAAGUCCACAACACGAACUGACGAUAAACGGUCUUGUGUCCGAACGUCUGGCACCUCCCCCUGGCCACAGAGUGGAAUAAGGGGCGUGUUCAGAGGUUCAGCCCUCGCAGAUGGAGGCUCACCAACACUCGCCAGAAAGCAGCAGUGAGGAGUGCACCGUCCUGGAGGCUCCGCCCGGAAAAAACGCCUGCCCACAACACGCAGGGAACGUGGCUGAUCUGUACUGUUCGGCCUGUGAGUGUGCGCUGUGUGAUGACUGCGUGUCGGACCAUGAGGAGCACCCCAGGGUGCCGCUCUGUGAGGCCCUGGAGCAGCAUCGUCUCAGUCUGCAGGAGAAGCUGGGGUUCGUCCAGAACAGACUCCCUCAGAUUUCAGACGCCCUGUCCUUUGUUAAGGAGAUCCUCCAGCAGCUGACCAAUCAGAGGGCUUCCAUUGAAGAGGACAUCCAGUCCAGCUUCGAGGACCUGCACAAGCAGCUGGACGUCCGGAAGAGUGUUCUGCUCAUGGAGCUGGAGGUCACAUAUGGACUCAAGCAGAAGGUCCUCCAGGCACAGGUUGACAACCUGGUUCGGGGAGAGGGGGACAUUAGUGCUAUCUGUACCCAGACGGAGGAGGCUCUGGCUGGGGAGGCAUGUGUGGCGAACCUGCAGGCAGAGCGGGAGCUCGGGGAGAGACUGGCGGGGCUGGUCGGUCUGGGGAUGCCAUGUCAGCCAGAGGAGAACGACCAGUUGGAUCUGGUGAUGGAGACCGACGUGCUGAGGAAGUCCAUACACAACCUGGGGACAAUCGUCACGACCAGUGCGGUUGCAAGCCAGAGCGAGGCAAUGGGUGCUGGCCUGGAGCAGUGCAUUGUGGGACAUCCUGCCUCUGUUACCAUUGUAACCAGAGAUAAGUCAGGGGGAGCCUGCAAGAGUGGCAAUGCGAUCCUGUCAGCUGAGGUUUUCACCCCAGAUGGCAGCAUAGUGGACGGGGAAAUUAUGGACCACAAGAAUGGCACUUAUGAGUUUGUGUACACGGUGCCGAAGGAGGGCAACUUCUCGCUUGCACUUCGUCUGUACGACCAGCACAUCAAGGGGAGUCCCUUCAAACUGACCGUCAGCAGGACCCUGGAGGUCGACGUCGAGGUGGAUGGUGUGUCUCCCUCCACCACCACAGCAACCAGCUCAGCAGCCAACGCCACCCCAUCUACAGGCUCCUCUGAUGGGACCAAGAGAAGAGGGAAAUCCCCCGGGCAGAAGAAGAAGGGCUCUAAAAGGGCAAGCAGUGCCCUGGGCACCCCAAGACGUAAAACUCAGAACCCCAUUGAGGAUGACCUCAUCUUCAGGAUUGGAACAAAGGGGAGGAACAAGGGAGAGUUCACCAACCUUCAAGGAGUGGCUGCCUCAUCCAACGGCAGGAUACUGAUCGCCGACAGCAACAAUCAGUGUGUCCAGAUUUUCUCCAACGAGGGGGAAUUCAAGACUCGUUUUGGGGUGCGAGGACGGUCACCAGGGCAACUGCAGCGCCCUACAGGCGUGGCCGUGCACCCCAGUGGUGACAUUAUUAUUGCCGACUAUGACAACAAGUGGGUCAGCAUCUUUUCCUCCGAGGGCAAGUUCAAGGCGAAGCUUGGCUCGGGCAGACUUAUGGGUCCAAAGGGUGUGUCUGUGGACCAGAAUGGUCACGUCAUCGUGGUUGACAACAAGGCGUGCACUGUCUUCAUCUUUCAGCUGACGGGCAAGCUCAUCACCAAGUUUGGGAGUCGAGGCAAUGGUGACAAGCAGUUCGCAGGUCCACACUUUGCAGCAGUGAACAAGAACAAUGAAAUCAUUGUGACCGACUUCCACAACCACUCUGUCAAGGUUUUCACCCCCGAGGGAGAGCUGGUGUUGAAAUUUGGCUCAAACGGUGAAGGGAACGGCCAGUUCAACGCUCCCACCGGCGUCGCUGUGGAUGUUAAUGGGAACAUCAUUGUAGCUGACUGGGGCAACAGCAGGAUACAGGUGUUUGACGGCAGCGGUUCCUUCCUCUCCUACAUCAACACAUCGGCGGACCCUCUGUAUGGACCCCAAGGUCUGGCUCUGACCUCAGACGGACAUGUGGUAGUGGCCGACUCUGGCAACCACUGCUUCAAAGUCUACCGCUACCUACAAUGAUGACAGAGAGGUGAAGGCAGGAGAGAUGGUCGGGAGGAGCAGUUGUGGGGAGGAGAGAUCAGAUCCACGAUGUCAAACUCCAGGAAUUAUUGCAUGAACCUCUUUUGUUGAAUGUAACGAUGGAAGGAGGGAUGGGUAGAAGCCAGGACAAACAAAGGAGGAGGAAUAAUAAUGAAAAUAAGAGCAAGUAUUGAUUCCUUUUGAUGAAGUGAUCAGAAAAAUGGAGAUGUGGAUUGCAGGGACCGGAGGCACCAACGCUGAUCUUUGAACUACACCCUUUAAAAGUCUAAAGAGUAUGAAGUGGCAGACAGUAAGAUAAAAAUGCUCUGCCUUAUGCAAAUGUGACAUCCAUCACUGAAUGGGAUGCAUGAGGGAUGCAAGGCGUAAGGAGAAUAAACUGUGAUGCAACGAUGGAUUAAUGACGUCAAAAAUAAAGACAGCAAGAGGGGACGAUAAAAACAUCUUUGGAAACCUUAAUGAUGGAUAAAGGGAUCGCAAUCGCAUCAGAGGCAUGAAUGACCGAAGGAUUCGUAGAGAACAGGAAGGAUGAACAACAGUUUUCUAUUGUUCCACUUUCUUGUAUUGUAUCUACAAGGUAAAAUGAUGGCCAGUGAACUAAAAGGGGUCCAUGUCUUGGUUUGGUUUUCCAUGUCAUAUAUUUCAGCUCCAUCAUUUGUACAGUGACAUCAACUCUAACAUUUGGAGGCUAAUUUGACAACAUACCAACUAAGGCGACAUCCACACGACUACGUUUUAGUUUCACACUGUUGCUCUGGCUAAGUCUGGCGUCCACGCUACUCAGGAGUCUUCGAGAGACUAAAACGUAGAAGUUUGUAAAUGCUGCUGGUCUCGAUUUAGUUUGAAAACUCUUGUGUUAGAAACUGAGACUUUUAUCAACCAAGGCCCCCCUACGUUCUCUUCCUGAUUGGUUCUUAUCAGUCACAUGACUCGACUACCAGUGGUGAAAAUAAACCAUGCUAACACUUCCUGUCAGUAACAGUUCCACCUCGUUGUCGUUCCAAGAAAAGAAAUCCCUGCUCUGACUUUCACCAUCACUGUUCCUCCUUCAGAGGAGUUUCUGUAACUAAGCAACCAACAGCAGAGUAGACGAUCUACUUCCUGUUUACAUCACAUGACCAGUGAACGUGAACUGUCAUGUGAUGUGCGUUUUCAGGUGAACAGAGAUUAUUUCUGUAUUCGUGUGGAUGUGGCCAUGGAGCUUGUCAGGGUGCGUGCAACACGUAUGGAGUUUGAAACUGUUUCUUCAGAAGUGGAUCAUAGUUGUUCUGUGAAGUUUCCAGGUUAAAUCUGUAAAUAUGAAACAAGGGAAUGGUCAAAGGGCACCCAGCCGUAUUUCCUUUGACUGUAUUAUAGAGUCACGAUGUUUUCAGAGUCAUGAAGAAAUCACGAGACGACUAAGACAUGGGCCACUUUUAACCUGCUGUCCCUUGUUUGUACAUUAGGAUUGUCUGAAAAUGGAAUGUUUCUUUUUUGCCAUAUGCUAAUAUUCUUUACAAGUCGUGGGCAAUAGAUUCGUAAUUAGAAAUGAUUGCUUGACUCUGAUUGUUUGAAUGGGAUGAUUGACAAGCACCAUUGUCUAUCUUUGCUUGCUUUGAGUGUUAUAUUUUUCCUGAGAAAUCUGUCGCAAGGAAGAAAGAAAAAAAAAAUCAUAAAUCUAUCCUAUAUAUUUGUGAGAAAACAUUUAAUAAUUUCAUGUAAAAUGUUCAAAGUAAUCUGCAUAUUUGGAACAAGCAACAGUUUUACACACUGGUUUCUGUUCGCAGGGGAAGAGAGAAAUAUGGAAUGUUUAGAUUCAUUCCACCCCCACCAAUGAUUCUAGAAUGCAUUAAGAAUUGUGCUGUUGCCUGCUUGUACAAUUCCACAUGGUCCGUCAUCUACCAAAAAAAAAAAGUCCCUCAGUGUUCUAGAAGCAUGCCUCUAUGUGAUUGUCGAUAUCAAACAUACCCGAUUUAACUAGUAGCUCCCAUUUUACAAACAGUUCACCCUCACCUCAGCAGAUUUACAGUAAUGUUAACUCCAGUAAAGGACGAUUGCAAAUCAUCAAGACUCGUUACGUUUGGAAAAGUGCUGCAUCAUAAUAGUACAAAGCAUUUAUGAUAAUUAUUGAAUCUACAAGAAAAGCAUUUAAGUAACUGACGUGAACUCACAGCUGGACAGUUUAACGGUCAACACUGAAAAUACUGAAAAAGUGAAAAGUGAAGAAUGUCUGUGUAGAACGAACAGAUGCUCGUGGUAGAGGAACAACUGGUGGUCAGUUGUUUACAGUAUGACGUCUUUAUUGAAGCAGGAAUAAGAAUAAUCAAUAAUGUGAAUACUCUUUGUUCACAAAAGAUCAAAUGCAUUUUAUUAGUUUGUUCAUUGUUCAUCUUAUUAGGUAUUUUAAUCUUUCUAUUUUACCAUCGGAUUGUGUUUCACCACGUGCAUUGAAGUUCUUAAGUGCCCAUUAUAUUCUUUGCUUUUAUACAUAUUUGAUCUGUUGUGUUGAAUCAUAUAUGAUUGUUGGACUUUGCUCCUUUUUGUUGUUGUUCUUUGAGGACGAAUCAGUGUUAAAAGUUUUAAUCCUAGUUUUGGUCAAAAGGAAGUUGUCAUCCCGCGGAGGAACCAAAGUUAAAAACACACAGAGCUGUUAGUGCUGAUGAGGUCAGGAGGUUCAUUUUCUAAGAAAGUGUGCAACUAGAUACAAGCUAACGUGCAAUGCUGAAUGCUAACAAGGCUCGUCAUUAGUAUCUCAGCUAACUUAUAACAAAAUGUCUUAACAGUGACAAGUGCAUAAUUAACUAUUGUCAUUACAUUGAAUAACUUUAUUUAAAGGCACAAAGUCUUUUUUUGCGCAACAGACUUUUGAGUUUCUGGUCAUCUGGGUUCCGCUGAAUAUUCAGCCUUCGAAAUAUAUGAAUGUUGUUUAUAAGAUUGCCUUCAGUAAUCCGGAUCUUAAAUAAAAAAUAAGUUGCUAAUUCACAGAUUACUCGUCCAUUUGAGGGAACGUUUCACCAUUUAGAAAAUGUUCAAGAAACAAAACCAACCAGACAUGCUAUGUUUAUCAUUACAAGUGUUUUAGUGUGACUUAGAUGCUUCAUUGUUGGUUUGGACCAUGACAUGAACAACACUGAACACUUUUUUCCUCAAAUGGAUCUGUAAUGUUUCAGAGAACAGCUCUGAAAGCAGCAUUCAGUUUCUUACAGCUUCACUUUGCCUGCUCUUCCUCUCUGUGUAUUUACUAUCUAUCAUGUCUGUUCACUGUUAUCAACCAUCUCUUCAAUAUUCACAAUAUUCAACACGGAAAUAAAGCAUCACUUCCUUAACG